AGGAACUUGGCGACACGCGCGAAAUCAGUGUCAGCGACUUCCUGGGUCUUCUUUUUGACAAGGUGCCAGCAAGCGCGACCGGCAUGGAUCAGAACGAAAAACCUCAGGCUACGAGUACCGAGGCUGCGCAGCUGGGGACUGCGCAGGCGUACGCAGCCCUGCCCACCCAAGAGCUCCACCAAGAACUGCCCCCGCUCGCCCCCGAGCUCCACGGGGAGUCGCCGGAAGUACAGGCCGAGUCGGACGAAGCGGCACCCAAGCUGCCGAGCACAGAGGAUGCGGAGGACUCUGCAAGAAAGAGCUCUGAGACGAAGCUGGACGAAGUUGUCUUCACGGACACUGACGGCGACGUCGUUCUCUUACAGCUGGCCGGCAACCACGUGCGGCUACUCGUGAACGGCAAGCUGAAACUGGAGCAGGUGGAGCGCUUUGAGAUCGAUGUGGCGCAACGCACGUUCGAGAUCGAGUUCGAGCAAGUAGAGUUCCAGGAUGAGGAAGACGUGCCGAAGAUCCAGGAGCAGGUGGAAAGGCUCUUCGACCGAGCUGCCAAAGCAUUGCUGCUCAAGCCGCCGGCCCCGGAAGCCUCGGAGCCGGGCCAUGUGCACCAGGCAGACCGUGAGGCGGUCCUGGCCGCAGUGAGGAAGAACCACCGGGCGCAGUUCGCCUCCGAGGAGCUGCAAGCAGACCUUGAGGUGGUGCUGGCGGCGCUGGCAAAGGACUACCGCCCGCUGCAGUUCGCCUCGCAGGAGCUCCGAGGCGACCGGGAGUUUGUGCUGGCGGCGGUGGCGCAGGACGGCUACGCGCUGCAGCUCGCCGCGGAGGAGCUGCGCGAGGACCAGGCCUUCGUCCUGGAGGCGGUGGAGAAGACCCGCUCCUGGUUCCUAGUGAACUGGGCCGGCCCGGAGCUCAGGGAGGACAAGGACUUCCUGCAGAAGUGCAAGGACGUGUGCGGCACUGGCCUAAUUUUCACCUACUAUGAGAGCUUCACCGCCUUCCAAAGCAUGAGAAAGAGCUUCCUUGCCACCGGCGCAUCCGUGCCUGGAGGCCAAGCGUACGAGCGUGUAAUGGAGAAGCUGCGCGAGCGUGGCGACAAAGGCUCCCGAGCCGCAAUUGCCCUUCAAGGGGCUGUUGGUGUUUUACCUCAGGGAGAUUAUUGAACCGAACGCGUUCGAGACGUGUAGAGAAUCGGUUGUUGGUUGUCAUGCAGCAAAAACUGAAGCACGGUUCAUCGCUGCACAGAAAGAAACGUUGAGUAUUGGCAUCAAGUGUUCAUAGAUCGGCAUUGGCGCAGUCGUGCCUGCAACUUGUUUGGGAAGCUUAUGAUCUAUGAGAAAUCCUGAGUGUUUGUGUGAGUGUGCACGUGCCCUGUGAGAACAGCCGCAGGUCACAUGUUGCCUUGAGCAUGUCGCGGGCAAGGUUUGCAAAGUAAAGUUUCGACGCCCGCAACGCAAGCCAUGCCGAGGAGCCGCCACGGUAUGGUUUGACAAAGAGCCGGUGUUCGGGGCGUCCGCUGAUGAUGGCCGCUGGCUACAUCCCAGCGAGGAGUGCGGAAGAGACUACAAGCCGGUGCCACCGGAGUCACCCGGACGCCAUCCGAUGUGGCGAUCCAAGGUGGAGUCCAGCACGGCAGAUUCCAUCCCGGAAGUUGGAUCCAAGCACCCCUGCUGGUGCUGCCACUGGAUUCGAAAAGUACGGGAGCGCCACGCUGCAGGCGCCGUGAUCUGCUGCACGGUUUCGAACAUCUUCUCCUCAGACUGGGUGGGACGAUACGGAGCAGGAUCGUCCGAGCUCACCGACCAAAGGGCCGAUGAACUUAAUCUGCCGCGGCGACUUUGGCUCAACUUUGUGUUGAUUUUCGCGUCUUAGGGUCUCAGUCUUGGUUUGGCGUGUUGGAGUCGGACCUUUGGCCUUGAACGCUUAGGGAAUGCUUCAAGAACGGGCGACCUGAGGGCUGGGGCUGCGGAAAGAUCACCAUACACGGGGCUGACACGUUUGAGCGCGAAGCGCCGAUCCAUCCCCGCACGGGGUUGCCACUGGGCCAGGGGUGUCGCUGGGAGCGCCAGGCCCUUGAUGGCAUGGAUUUCCCGGUGUACGUAUUUUUUAUACCAUGAGGCAUGUGCUUUGGUCAAGCGCCAGCCCUUCUCACCAAGUGAUGGGGCGACUUGCGGCCGCAAUAGUUCACCCCAGGGCUGUGGCUCAAGCCUGAAGAGUGU